UGACUCGGUGAGCCUUGAAUGCGAUAUGCGACGAAUGGGAUGGAAUCAAAGACACAGCGGGGAAACCUUUUCGGUUGGGAGAUCGGAAGGCUAGCGAACAAGUGUUCCAAAGAUAAUCGAAUGACAGCUGCCGGUUUUGCAAAUAUGCAAGAUGUGGUCCUUCGCUUCGAUACCCAUACAGAACCUUGCCGGGCCAUAGGAGUUGCUACUCAUGCACAGUUAAGUACCACUCCCUGAAUGAAUAUCUACACUAUGCCCUAACUCUUCCUUGACGUACCAUGCACGCAGACAGAGAGAGGCCGCGCCACUUUUCGCAGCACAGAAGUGGCGCCAAGACCUCUGGGUUAUCAUGUGGCGUAGGCGCGAGUCGCGUUUCAGUGAAUCUUUUUCUGCAGGAUAACAGGACCGGUCUUCCUGCAACAUUAAUUCACCUAGCGAAUGGGAUGCACCUGAAAGCCGAAUAUCACCUGGAUUUCCAUCUCCAAAGCAUUCAUUUCAAGCUGUGCACCAAAGAGAAUCGCUUCAUCAUGUUCUUUUUCGUUCCCAUCAAGCAUGUAAGCGUACAACCACUUUCGCAUCUGAGUCGGGAUAACGGUGGGAGGGUUUAGAAGGGUGCAGUGUGGAAAACGAGACCCUCUGAAAUGUAGCCGAGUCUGUCUGUUGUCAAGUUUGCUGUGCUACAAACAAGUGAAUCUUUUUCGCGAGACUCGUUUUCUGCGCAGCUCAAGGACAUUGCAAUACCCGAAGAGCUAGAUCCCGUCUUCCAUGCAUCCUGCUACGAUCGCGUUCGCAAAUUCGUGCAGAGGCCGCAGCGAGCCGCGGUGCUUCAGGUAGGAGAGAACUGGCGAUUUGUGCCCAAGCGUGAAAAUUGGCACUUCUUCAAUCGCUUGACAGUACAGGCGAAGCCACCAACAAGCGGGGAA